GUCUGUGUGUUCAUUCAGAGCUCAGUCGAUCAGGACCAUCACAUCUGCUCUGCUCUCUGUACUCUUUGCUUCUCUCUCAUUCAUUCACACAUUCAUUCACCCUUUGGAUCUGAAUCAUGUCCAGUUGGCGUCUCCUGUCUGUUUAUCUGAGUGGAGCUUCACUGAUCCUGCUGCUGACUGCUGUAUCUGAGGCUCAGUUCUACGACUUCACUCCGACGCCGGACUACGACGACUACAAUGCCACCUUCGACUACAGUUUCUACAGUAAUGCCAGCAGUGAGGACCUCGACAAGUUCAGCGCGCCAUUCAUUGACGAUGAGGAAGAGGAGGAUACGGGAGGUCAGCAGGAAGAAGAGGAAGUGACUGUUACUGCCGCAGCAACUGCGGCAACGACUGUGGCAGUGACUGCAGCAACAGCUGAAGGGACCACACCACAGGGCGAGGAUGACAGUAGCAAUGCAGCAUCACUUCCUGUUUCUCUGGAAAUGAGUACGCUCAUCUGGACUCUGCUGAUCCUGAUCGCACUGAAUGCACAGCAGCUACAACACACACUAUGAGAGUGCACUCACACACUCAGCUGGCGUCAGAACAGUCGGAUCCUGCAGCGUGGGUCACCUGAUGAGGUGGGAGGGGGUUGCAGUCACCGCUGUGACCUUUGACCUCCACGUAGGAGCCACAGCUUCCCUUGACAUGGGUUUACAGGCUGACCUCAGCCAAUCACAGAGCUUUCACAGUUCACUGCAACGGCAGCGUCACCAAAUCUUCUUAUCCAUAUAAAACUUUAUCACAUUGUUCACUGCUUUAUUUAAACGUUCAGGACCAAACAGGAUGUUCCUUAUAUGGUCAGAUUUUAUAUCUGUAAAUAUGGAAGUUUAUAAAUGACAAAACUGUUGAGAGCAAAAUAAAAAUAAGCCAUGAUGAUGUCACACUGAAGCUAACCUUUGACCUUUUGGAUAUAAAUUGUCAUCACUUAAUGUGAAGUUUUGUUAUUGUUAGCAUCUAAUGUCUUAAGUUAGGGCCAAAAAUAUGUUUUGUGAGGUCACACUGACCUUUGACCUUUAACCACAAAAUUCUAAUAUUUUAGCAUUGAGUCCAAUCGGUGUCAAAUUUAAAGAAAUUCAAUUAAGGCUUUCUUGAAAUAUAUUGUUCACGAGACUAAGAUGUACAAGCUGUUAGCAGCUAGUUAAAGUUAGCUGUUAGCAACUAGUUAAUGUUAGCUGGUAGCUGUUUUAAGGUAGUUUACAUUAGCUGUUAGCUGUUUUUAGCUAGUAAAUGUAUGAUUUUAGCAGCUGUUAACAUUUACUAGCUACUAACAUUCACUAAUGUUAACAUUUAAUGUUGGCAGCUAGUUACUGUUAGCUGGUAGCUGUUAUCAAUGGUCCUGGUUAACAUUAGCAUAGCUGUUAGCAGCUUGUAAAUGUAAGCUGUUAGCUGUCAGCAGCUAGUUAACAGCUGUAAGCAGCUUUUUGAAGUUAGCUGUUAACAGCUGGUGAACAUAAGCUGUUAGCUGUCAUUAGCUACUUAACCUUAGCUGUUAGUGGUUAUAAGCUAGUUAAUAUUGGCUGUUAGUAGCAAGUCAACAUUAGCUAAUUAACUUUUAUCAGCCAGCUGUGAGCUUUUAUCAGCUAUCAGCUAACUUUAACUUUUAGCUGUUAGCACCUAAUUAAUGUUAGCUGUUAGCUGUUAAUCAACGUAAAUUGUUAGCUGGUCUCAGCCAGUUAAAAUAAGUUUUUAGCUGUUAUCAGCUAGUUAACAUUUACUUGAAUCAGUGAAUUAGCAUUAGCUGUAGGCUGGUAUCAGCUAGUUAUCAUCAUCCACUACCUGUUAGCAGCAAGUUAACAUUAGCUGUGAGCUUUUAUCAGCUAGUUAACAUUAGCUGUUAGCACCUAGUUAAUGUUAGCUGUUAGCAACUAGUUAACAUAAGAUAUUAGCUUGUCUCAGCUAGUUAAAAUUAGUUGUUAGCUGUUAUCAACCUGUAAACAUUAACUAUUAUCAGCUAGUUAACAUUAGCUGAUAGCAGCACUAAUGAGAGGUCGGAACAAUGCUAAGGCACCGUUAAUGUUAGCGGUUGACAGCUAGUUAAUGGUAGCAGCAUUUUGAGAUGUUCAAGCUCUAUUCAGUAAAAAUGAGUACUGGACGAAGAUUAAAUUAUAACAUUGUCAUUAUGUAUUCAAUGUAAUCUUGUAAAAUUUAGUGUUUUGGUGAGAAACUGAAUAAAUACAGCUAUUUGAAGGAGAAAAUUGCCGAUGUUUUCUCAGAAAUAUAAAAUAGAUAUCAAUUAUCAGUAAUUAUUUUUAACGUUGGUAUCAACCAAGAAUUUCAGCGCAUCGCUAAAAAUAUUUCAGCAUUAUUUUUAGCAUUUUUUAAAUAAGUUUUCUCUACAAUUGUUUUGUCUUUACUGAACUUUCCUACCACCAUCAAAGACUCACAGAGGUUUAUUUAGAGCUUUAUUUAUGAUGUUAAACCUCAGAGUGAUGGUGGAACAACAGCGCCCCCUGAUGUUACAGUGUGAAACACAGUGAGGUCAUAUUAGAUGGUUAUAUACUGUUUAUAUAAGAAAAAAGAUAUGAAAUUUGAAAAAGUUAAUCUACAACUUUUAUUUGAUGGCUGACAACUUGUGUCAUCAAAAAUGAAAAAAUGUCACUGUGAAUCCGACGACAGCACUUUGUAAACAAAGCUGUUUUUGAUUGAUGUUUGAAAGAUGUUUUCUUCAGCUGUUUUAAUUUUAAAAAAUGUACAGAAUUAUCCAAAAAUGUUAUUAAAACAUAUUUUAGUUUAAUAUGAGAACAUUGGAGAACAUCCAGAUAAAUCCGGAAGAGAUUUUUGUAUGUUUGCUUGUUUUGCAAUAAAAUAUAUGAAAUGUUA